GUGGAGAGGGCCAAGAUGGCGGCUCCCGGCGGCUUCCUAUUCUCCUCAGCGCCGCCGCCGCCUGGCCGCCGCCUCCUCCUCCUCUUCCUCGCGCUCCUUUUCCUGGCGGCGGGGCCCGCGCGGGCGGGAAGGAGCCGAGUGAGGGCGCUGAGCGACGGGUCGUGGAGGGACCUCCUGCAGGGAGAGUGGAUGGUCGAGUUUUAUGCUCCUUGGUGCCCUGCCUGUCAGAACUUACAGCCAGAAUGGGAGAGCUUUGCUGAAUGGGGGGAGGAUCUCGAAAUUAACAUUGCAAAAGUGGAUGUGACAGAGCAGCCAGGACUGAGUGGACGGUUUAUCAUAACAGCACUCCCCACCAUCUACCACUGUAAAGAUGGUGAAUUCAGACGAUACCAGGGUCCACGGACUAAAACGGAUUUCAUCAAUUUCAUCAGUGACCAGGAGUGGAAGUCCACUGAGCCCAUUUCUUCAUGGUUUGGUCCAUCUUCCUUCCUGAUGAGCAGCAUGUCUGCCUUGUUCCAGCUAUCUAUGUGGAUCAGGAACUGCCACAACUAUUUCACAGAAAACCUCGGCAUCCCAGCCUGGGGGUCCUAUGCCAUUUUUGCAUUUGCAACGUUGUUUUCAGGACUCCUUUUGGGGCUUAUAAUGGUAUUUCUGGCAGACUGUAUUUGCCCUUCCAAAAAGCACAGACCGUUGCAGCACCCAUAUCAAAAAAAGCCACCGGAGUCUACUCGGCUCUUGCCAAAAGCGGGUGAAGGACUGGAGGAAGAUGAUCUUUCCGAUGCCGAGCUGGAGCCCAGAGAACCACCGAAUGCACUGAGGCAGCGUACUGCAAACCCUGUCGCCCGCGCUGGAGCAGAGCAGUCGUAGCUACUAAUUCCAGCUGGCUCCCUUUCUGGAUUUCCUGAGUUACUACUUGAUAUUCAAAGGGGAAGGAGAGGGAGUCCUCCUUUUCCUCUCCUUCAAGAGAACAGACAUGGAACAGUUUGAAGUGCGGGCGGGGGGGGGGUGCGCAACCACAUUUUGAUUUAGCCAGUCUUUGAUAAAGUUUGAUAUGUGAAGCAAUGGAGGUGGCAGCCUUGGGCUGGGCCGGGCAGUGCAGAAGGGCAAGUUACACACACGGCUUUCUGUCGGUAUCCACAUGAGUUGUUUCUGAUGGCCAGCCUGCAGUGCUGGAGGAAGUUUCCCUGAACUGUCCCUGAUGAGGCUUCUCUGGGUACGCAUUCCUUCCUCGUCAUGCAGAGGCAGUCCGGGAAGAGGAGUCUUCAGACAUGCCUUCUGCUCUCCUCCAGUGCUAACAAGAGGGUACUCAAAGUAGCUCCGCUCUUCAGAAUGCAAAAAAAAGGAAUCUGCAGCUGUGUCUGAAACAGGCCUCUGAAAUAAGCAGGGAGAUUCGAAGGAUGUAGCUAAUUUCGCAUGCUCAGGAAGGGGCCUGCGUCUCUUGGCCAGCUGCCCCCAGCACAACCACCGAGGGGUGCUGCCAAAGCCGUUGGUCUAUGACCUGGGUGGGGUCUGCUGUCCAACCGGGAAGGAGCCCCAAACCCUCUGGGCACCCCAAAUACAGUCCUUUGACCCCCAGCCUAACGUAACGUUGGUUGGCUUGGCUUGUUAGUUUUGGCCUCGGGGUAUUGUGUCUUCCCCCCUUUUAUGUGGCAGCCCCCCCACCCCACCCCCUUGUUCCUCCUGCUUUUAUAACCCAUGAAGGAGUUGGGAGGUGCCGUGUCCCAAACUUUGUUGACUUGGAGGCUAAAGGAUGCGAAUCGUAUGCAAGGGGGAAAGGCAGGUUGUGAAGUCAGCUGUUCGGUCACCUUCUAACUUGUUCUUGCAAACUAAUACUUGUAAGUCGAUUGCAAAAUUAAGGAUAAGAACUCUGGCAGGUUUUUCUGAGGGCUUGGCUCAGUCCUUGUUUUCUCUGCCCAGGUGCCUUUUUUCUAUCUCUAUCCUCAGCUGAAAGUUUAUUACUCCUCACAGUAUUCUAGAAGAGGCUUUGACUCUUUGAGCAGCUUCCUGUGGCAGACUACAAAGGCCAGUGACACUGUGAAUGCAGCUAGCAUUUCUAUGCCUCUCUCUUCCUCUGCGGCCACUUGCUCUUUUUCUACGGCGCACACCAUUCUUCUCUUGAAGGUUUUCCACCUUGGGGCCAACUUGCUUUCUGCCCUUUUAAGUACAGCCUGAGUGUAUUUACUUCCUCGUUGUUUCCUCACAGAGCAGACUAAGGGCAUUUCAUGCUCAAGAUUAGGCCGCUUUUAGACAUCCCAGGCAGUUUUUCCUCAUAGGUGUUUCGUUUUAUCUAGAUGAACACAUGAAAGCUCUGUGAUCAUCUUUAGUCGGCUUCUAAAAAAACCUGGGGCAUCUCUCCCAAAUCUUAGGGUGCAUGGUGCUUGUAAAGGACCAACGAUGCAUUUGGAAAACACUGAGACCGGCUUACAGCAGCUCUGUUUAGCCAGGUCCUGCCUGUCUCUGAAAGGGGCUUGUCAUUGCCUCCAACUCCCUUUAGAGCCUUGAACCCAGCACUUGGUCACGGCCUGAUCUAAGGUGGGCUGCAACCUCAGUACCAUUCAGAUAUAUGGUGAAAUGAUUGAGAGCUUGGGUUUCCAAAUCUGUGAUUUGGCUGAAGGUGGUCAGUCCCAGGUCAGCCAAGGCUGGUUCUUUAGAGUAAUGCUGUUUUUAAACUUUUUAAAGCUUUCACUAAGUUCCAAUGCAAAGUGGGCCUUGGACUGCCCCACUUCCUAGUUGUCUGCCUUGGGUCUCCGACUUCCUGCCGUGUUGAAGAAGCCCUCUGCCCCACUGUUGCUGUUUUCCUUUUGCGUUGUGUUUUCAUGCAUAAAAAAUAUUGGAGGGGUGGGGGGAGAUAAGGUUUUCAGAGUCAGUUCCUGGUCAGUAAGCAACCCUCUUCCCCGCUCCUGUAUCCCCUGAGGUAUCCAGCCUUGGCCAACCUGGGGCCUUCCGGGUGUUCUGAACUCCCAUCAUCCCCCGCCAGCCCUGCUUUGAUGGCAGGGGAUGAUAAGAGUCCAAAACACUGAGGUGGGCCCCAGGUGGGCCAAGGCUGCCUUUAUGUAGCAGUUGGGGGGGGCAGAUUGAGGCAUCGGCAGGUGUGUGCCCAUGCGUGCUUCUCCUUUGCCACAGAAGACGGCUCAGUUGCAUCCCAUAACAUUUCUCUGCCUGAACCACAACUUUUGAAGCCCUAGUUGGUGUGGGAGAUUUUUUAAAAAUAUAUAUUUUAAACUGUUCGCACAUGGCCCCCGAGAGGGGAAGCGCAAAGAAGGGGGUCAUUCCAUUUGCAGCCUGCCGUUUGCUUGAGGAAGGACAUUCCUGGUUUCUGACUUAGACAAACAGUGCUCCUUGGGUGGGACAGUUGCACCCGCCUCCUUUCCCCCCUGGUGCAGUCGUGGCCUGAAUGCAUUCCAGCUCUGAAGAACGAGGGAGCCUUUCCUGACGCGACCAGGCAGCACUCCGAAAGGCAACUUGCAGAAACUAGGUUUAGGUCAGAGUUACUGCACAAGUGACUUGUGACACGAAAGACUAGUUCAUGACCCAAGGCGCAGUAACUGAAGCAUGUUUGCUGUUCUCAGUUGUUGAGUGAAUGUUGUCUUUGCAGUUGACUAGAUGCCUCGGUCCUACCUGGGAAAUCGUUUCCAAGUAAUAAAAUUACAGACAUGUAGGAAA